AAUCCCCUUGUCCUCAGGGUCAAAAAUGACCCGAAGACAACAGGAGGGUUAAUGAAUGUGGCUGGUUUGCUGGUGGUUGAUUGCAUUAAUUAAAAAAUGAGAUGAUCCCAAGUUCAUUAAUCUUAAUAGCUUGUUUAUUAAUACUUUUUGCAUCAGUUGUGAGCUGUAAAUAAGAACACCUUUUUGCUCUGCCAUAUUGUGAGAAAUUACUAUUAUCCUGCUGCAUGAUAUUUGUUGUUGUAGCUUUUUAAAUGCAUCUUAAGACCCUCUAAUGGACAACUUGUUUUCUGGGAAAACGUGUGCAGAAGCUAUAGACAGCUUAUUAACUUGUAUAACUACUGAAUUAGCAACAUGUUUGUGACAUUUUAAAUAUUUAUUAAUAGAUUGUCGUCCAGUAAAUACCAGCAUAAGGGAUUUUUCUCCACCUGGCAACCUGGUAAUCUUGUUACUGAUCGACAAAGCACUAUUAUAGUUAGAGCUGCAGCUGCAUGUUUGGUUGAUCGGAAAGUGACACCUGCUAAACAGUACAGUAGGUCAGACCUAGUGACACCGUCAUGUGCUAAUCAUGCACGUCUUCCCCAAGAAUCAGAUGCCACUUGUUCCUGCACCGUAUGUCAGGGAUUAAGCGUAAUAAGCUUCUCUCGUCUGCUGCACUCUCGAGCACGAAUGUAGCCUUCAAAUUUAGGGAUCUUCGCGGACUAUGGACAUAAUUUGUUACCUGCUAGUUAUAGUUUUCUUCAGCAUCCAGGCAAGUGAAGUUUACUCUCAAUGUUUACGCGGGUGCAGCUGUGUGGAAGAGCGUCAUGGAAGGUCGCUCAUAUGUAUGGAGGAGAGUGCGUUCGGAGCCAUACCAGAGAAUCUUCCAGAUGAUAUGACUAAAAUACGCAUAGAAAAGUCUCACUUCACCGAAAUACCCAGAGGGGCUUUCUCUAAAACACCCGCCUUGGAGAACCUGUGGCUGAACUUCAAUGAUAUCACAGUGAUAAACUCCAAGGGCCUGGAGGGUUUGGGGAACUUAACCGAGCUCCGUCUGCAAGGGAACAAGCUGCGUUCAGUACCAUGGACAGCGUUCGAGGACACGCCGGCCCUCAAGAUUCUGGACCUGAAGCACAACCAGCUGGACGUUCUGCCGGAGCAUGCGUUAAAAUUUUUGCCAGGUCUGACCUACUUAGACUUGUCUUUCAAUCUGCUCACGGUCAUAUCGAAGGAGGUCUUCCAAAACUGGCCCCUCUACCAAAAACUACAGAGCACGGAGGGCCGGGAGGCGUUUGUGCCCAAUGUUGUCCUAGCGCUCCACGACAACGCGUGGCUGUGCGACUGUCGCCUGAAGGGCUUCGUGGAGUUCAUCAGGUCCCUAAGCCCCCCGAUUAUCCUGAUGAACUCCUACUUGACCUGCUCAGGGCCGGACUUUAAGGCGGGCAAGUUCUUUCAUGAGAUCGAGCUGCAGUCGUGCAUGAAGCCAGUGGUCAGUACUCCGUCCGCAAACAUCAGCCUGCCGCAGGGCGCCAAUCUUACCAUGCACUGCAUCGCCAAGGCGAGGCCGGACCCCGCAGUGUGGUGGACAUAUGGCCUGAAGAUAAUCAGAGGAUUUCAUGAAUCUCAGGAAAGAGUGGAUGAAGACACCAUCAGAUCCUUCCUGGUGAUCCCGUCCCUCCAUGCAGCUGAUCAUGGCGUCUACACCUGCGCUGCUGUAAACUUCAUCGGUAACUCCUCUGUGAGCAUCCUAGUGGACGUCCAUUCUCCUGACAGCUCCCAGUCGCCGCUCCAUCCUGGUCUACCAGCUGCGCCAGGUGCUGGUGAUGAAAAUGUCUUCAUUGACAUCCGCAUCACCAAACAGACAGUACGUGGCAUCUCCAUCGAGUGGUACGCCGCCCUGGAUCACCCGGCUGAGACCUGGUUCACCAUCCACUUUGGUCUUGCCGGCAAUGAUAAAAAAGAAAUGAUCUACAUCGGCCCUGGGAUUCACUCUUACUCUGUCUCUGAUCUGAUGCCCGCUACCAAAUAUGAAAUCUGUGUCACCAUCAAGAACCAGGCACCACGUCCAGGCCAGUGCAUCAUGUUUGUAACAGGGAGUGAUGUUACUGAGAUGGAGCAGAGACAGAAGUUGAUUCAUAUUGUGGUGAUAGUUCUGGCGAUGGUGCUGGCGGUGCCGAUAGGGAUGUACGCCUGCACGACUGACACCAAGUUUGCCUGUCUGGAGGGCAUCAUGGCUUCCUGGAAGAACCGACGGAGGGAAAGAAGUACACCAGAGGUGGAGAGAGAGAGGCAGGGCACCUUCGACAGUCUGCAGGCUGCCAGCGACGAGGGCCUGGUUAAUAAAGACUCCAGUGAAGACAGGAAGGUGAGGAGGAGGUCAGAUGACAGACUGCAUAAUGGCAAAGCCGACCACAGCAGACUCACAGCUGAACUAUAUUAAAUUACUAUCAGUUUUAUGAACAAAGGAAAACAUGACACUGACCUUGUAGUAGAACAAUCUGUAUCGAAUAUUUUUGAGAAGUAGAGUACAAAAAAGUAUGUGAUUUAUGUUGGCAACUUUGACUGACUCGGUUUAACUAUAAUUUUCAGAGGAAUGACAAUAAUGUCUGCCUUGGUUUUAAUUUUAUCUCUUCCUCUGUUCUAGGCCGAGGAGUUUGUUGCAAAGAUGUGAAUGAUGGCCAUUAUGUCAAGAGUGUAAUUCAAGGAUUUGCACCAGUGUAGAAAAUGUGCUGAAGUUUGUGUCUCUGUUUUUUGCGGAAGUAUGACAUGUCUGUCUUGUCAAUAUAUUUGCUAAAUGUUAUUCAUUUUGAGCUGUUGCUUUACACGGAACCAUUUAAAUGAUAAAGAACUCAAAUGACUCUGACAAGGACUUUCAGAUAGAUGUUUUCGUGUUAGAGUCUGACUUCUUUAUUUACUGUUUUUAUGUGUUAGCACUUAAAAAGUGUUGUAUAUAUGUAACUAUAUAUGUUGAUUCUAAUUCAUUUUGGCUCAUCAUGCUAACUUUGUCAGUUAGAGUGACAUGUUUUUUAGACAUACUGCAUCUGGAACAAGAAAAUCCAUGUCGACAUGGUGUUUGUAUUAAACAAUUGUGCACUUUGUCACUAGAAAAUCCUUUUCAAAUUUUCUUGUUGUAGUGCACACCCCAGCAACAGGUUGGGGUAUGCACUACAUACCCCAACUGCAUGCGCAGUAGACUUAAGUGGUCGUUUCUUUCAAUUUUCUACUAAUUUUAAAAAAGUUCUACAGUUAAACAUAUUCUGUUUGAAGUGAAACUGUCUGUAUGUGGUUAGACUGUGUUUUUGUGAUAUUUGCUCUUGACAAAUGUGUUUUAAAGCAGCAUUACGAUUGACAAAAUGUCAGACAAAUGACAAAACCUUAA